AUGAGCUCACGCAACACGCAAGAACGUAGGCCUGGUGACGAUGGGCCGAGGCGUGCCUCCAUUUCUGGGAGGCUACGCACUCCUAGCGGUAGCAAUCUGCCACGGCCCAAUACUUCUCUAAGGGAGUCUCGGAUUGCUUCGUACCGUUCAGGCCAGCCGACAUAUAAUCUCUUCACGGGGGAGACUGCGACGCAUCCCACAACAACAACAACACUGCGCCCCGCCUCCCGACACAGCUACGCACCCGAACCUACACGCACCGUAUCUCGCGAGAGCUCGAAAGAAAACAUGGCCCCGCCCGACGCCGAGGAGUACGAAUCCCACCGCCGAUGCAUCGAGGAGCUCAAGGCCGAGCUGGGCACGUUGCGAUACACGCUGAGCACGCUCGAGCAGGAGAAGGAAAUGGCCGAGGCGCGCCACCGGACGGAGCUCGAGGAUCAAAAGCGGCGGGCGCAGGAGGACUUUGAGAAGAAGCAGGCGGCGGAGGCCGAGGGGUCGAAGCUUGCGCGCCAGCUGGAGAGUGCCCAGACGGAGCUGCGGGAGCUGCGCGAGGCGGCGGCGCAGGGAAAAUCUACCCUCGAUAAGAAGUUGAGGGAUGUCGAGGAGGAGAACCGUGUGUUGGCGGAGCAGAUGGAGGAGCUUGCGACGGCGAAGGAUGAUGCUGCGCGCAUCAGCGAAAAGAAAAUUAUGGAUGUUCAGAUGCAGCUCGACACGACGCAAAGGACCGUGCAUGAGCUGGAACAGGAAAGCGCAUCGAGAGAGGCUGUGUUGCAGGCCACGCAGGCCCAAGUUGCGGAAAAGGAUACUCAGAUUGGGAACUUGGAGGCCGAAGUACUACGUUUAAAGGCGCACACGGGUGAUGCCGAGACUAUGGCAGUGAUUAAGCGCGAGCUAUCGGAGCAAGUCCAACACAUCCGGAAACUGGAAGCGAUGAAUCGAGAACAACUAGCCGAACUAAGGCAUUUACGACAAAUUCACAAGGCGGUCGAGGUUGUCGAGGAGGAGAAGCGAAUGCUUCAGAGGAAAUUGGAGGCUACUGAGGUUCUUGAAGCCGAGCUUGAUGAGGCCAGGAUACAACGGCAGCGCCUCGAGGAUGAGAGGCUGGCAUGGACGGCGUAUCUACAGUCCACGGCUGAAUCUGGUGGUGAGGAUAUGAAGUUUGAAUCUCCUGAGGAACUUGCGCGCGCCCUAGUUCAGGAGCGCCUUACUUCUGCCUCCUACGUAGAGAAGAUGGGAACUCUCCAGGCAGACGUGGCGGCUCACGAAGCUACGAUUCAAGGACUCGAGGAAGAAAAGGCACAUUUGAAGGCCGAGGUUGAGAAGGCCAAGGCUGCUGCUGCAUCUAGUUCAGCAUUCGAUGGCGACAAGGCACGUCUCAGGCUAGACCGGCAGCGCGCCCUUGCUGUGAAGGAAGUGGAGUAUUUGAGGGCGCAGCUAAAAACAUUCGACGCAGAGGAUCUCACAUUCCAACCCGAACAACACGAUCAGGUGCGCGCCCAACGGAUACAAGAACUAGAGGACCUUGUCGAUAAGUACAAGGCCGAGGUUCAGGCUCUACAUACUGAACUCAGCUCUGUCGAGUCGGCAACCAGCGCUCCUGCGCCUGGCAGCAAGCGCCAACGGUCUGUCGAGCCCAGCGGCGCGUCACAUGAACAGUUGGGCCAGCUCAUUAGGAAGAACCGAACUCUCCAGAACGAGCUGUCGGCGAUCCAAACCAAGCUAGCCCUCAGUGAAAAGGAACUUUCAGUGUCCAAGGAGCAGCUGCGUGCAGCUAAGAGGCGCGGUGCGGUACGGAUCCUCGCUCUACGAUCCAACCCAACCUCAGACUUUGAGGCCAUCAAAAUGUCGACCCUCGAGGCGCUAAAGAAAGAGAACGCCGAGCUCCUCGCGUACAUGCAAAACCCCAAAAAUUCCGCCUCUUUCCCCACAAUACCGGCCUCGAUGCUCGACGCCGCCCAGCGCCAAGUCCAAGAAGCCAAAGCCGAAACGGCAUCAGCGCAGAAAUCAGCGAGACGCCUCAAGGAGGUCUGGACGGCGAAAAGCGCCGAGUUUAAGGAGGCCAUCUUCAGCACGCUGGGAUGGACGGUGACCUUCAUCCCCAACGGCAAGAUGCGCGUCGAGAGCGUGUACUACCACAGCCAGACGGACGAGCACGAGAACAGCAUCGUCUUCGACGGCGAGAAGGGCACCAUGAAGGUAGGUGGGGGCCCGAGGAGCGCGUUUGCGCAGAGGAUCGAUGACCAGAUUAAGUUUUGGGUGAGGGAGAAGGGGUGUAUACCGGGGUUUUUGGCGGCGUUGACUUUGGAGUUUUAUGAUGAGCAUACGAAGGCGUCAAGGGAUUAA